CAGUAAGGACCCCCCGCAAGAUAUCUUGCUGUGACCACAUUUAUAAAUUCUCAUUUAUCGGAAAUAUUCAAACAAAUUCGCCACAAUUGGAGCUACCAAGAUGCGUCAAUUCCAGCUGUUUCAAGCAUCUGUUUCACAAAAAUCCCAAAGCUGAAUUGUAUUCGAUCAAAUGCUACUGUCAUUUGUAACAACGUAACCUCACAAAAUAAUACAACGAUAUGCGCUAUCGCUGUACGAACAAAGAAUCUUCUCGUCUCAAUUUGUACGGUAUCGAAACAUUUUGUAUCGAAACAGAAUACAAAAUUGACGCAUAAAAAUACAGUAAUAAAUAUUCUUCGUGUUUCAAUACAUAAUAAAAAAAGUACCUUUGUAGCAAAGUAACAACGAUACCUUUUUCGUAAAAUUCAGUAUAGAUAUACCAUAAAAACAGUAAUCAUUAGUGACGACGCAUAUGUCAUAAAAAUAACAUAUUUUCAAAGUGAAGAGAAAGCAUUUGAUAAUGUCUUAAUUCACAUUUUUUAUCAUUGUAAACGUAAUAACGAAUAUUUAGCAUUGUUUUUUCAAUACCGUGCAAGAUUUUAUCACGUUAAAACUGGAAACGUCAUUUCUAAAUGUCCAAUUUUGCGCGUAGUUGGAAGUGUUUCUAUGAACACGUUGUUAUUAAUUUACACAUGUUGUAAAGUCUAUAUAACUAUUUACAUCCUGUAAAUAAUACAAGAUAUACAAUAAAUUUGCGCUAAAAAGAGAAAUACAUUUUACGUUUAAUUAUCGAAUUCAUUUAUGUGCACGGUACAUGAGGAAUAUUUUUUCAUGGCGUUAAUCGCAAUUGUAAGAAAAAAUUAUGAAACUUAAACAUUUUUCCCAGUAAACUUAAUAGUAAACGUGUGGGUGAUAUACUCUAAUAAAAAUGCCUGAAUUACCGCGUAUAACAAGAUCAUUGCGAAUGUUUACAAAUCUUGGACGUAUAAAAAGUAUAACAAACUUAGAACCAAAUGAUUUACUUAGAAAAGAGGAUGAACAGAUAACUAAAACAAAAAGUGAACUAAGUUGGAAUGAUUUAAACAACUUUUUGCCGAAAGAUGUCUUGCAUCAUAUUAAAGAGUUACGUCAAAUUGUUACAAAAAUAUUUGAUGAAUGUUCAGCUGAACUCAUACAUGAUUUUGUUAUGUUUGCUUUGCACUUACUAAUCGAUGAGAAAUUAAUAACACAAAAGAAAUUUGAGAUCUUGAAGGGAAGAGCAGGAAACUUAACACACCAGGAUGUUAAUAAAAUGAUGAAUACAAUAUCCGUGAUUAGAGAAAAUUUGAAUGAGGAUGCUUUGAUGCUAUUGAGAUAUGGAAGAGAAAGCGGUAACAAUACAGAGGUAUCUGAAAACAUUUUAUUCGGUACUAAAAUUGAUUAUAAACCUGCAAAAGCAUUAUGGCCAAACACCGAAACACUUCGCGAUAUGUCUUUAGAAAAUACAAAUCAAACUACAAAUAAUUUUACAAUGAAAUAUAGGAAUGAUACUGUAAAACUAUACAAAACUGAAUUUGAUGAAAAGACAUACAAGCAAGGUUUGAAAUUAUGUUAUAGAAAGAGCUCUGUUAAUAUGAGUUUCGAGGAUUUUGCCAAGAUAAUAAGCUCUAAAUUGAGAAAUGUGGAAAAUAUGGAAAACGAGUUACUUGACUUUCUAGGUUAUGAAGAAAUAGAGUUCAUACAGUAUAUUAUAGAACAUCAAAAAAGUAUUAUAGCUCUAACUCAAAGCCUUGGUCUUCAUCUUGUUCCUAAGGUACAAAAGCAAUGUGAUCCAGAGAGACCACUAAUUAGUGGUCAAGUAACUGUGCAGUCUGAAAAAGAGAAGCAUUUAUGGAAGCAAGUACGAAAAGAAGAAAAGAAAUUAAAUAAGAUAUCAAAUAAACGGGAAGGAAAUGACUUGGAAUCGCAGGAUCUAUAUUUUAAGAAACAAAAGGCCUUAAUUGAAUCGUCUAUACCUAUAUUCAAGAAGGACACUGUUUCUAGCAAGAAUAUGCGAGAAAACUAUCCAUUUGUAUUUAACUCUGAUUCGAGUAGCAAACAUAUGAGUGGUUGUGUGUCAGGUCAAAAGAUAAUGCUCCCGCAAAACGUGAUAAAAAAAGAUACCGAAUUAAGUGAAGAAAUUCACAUACCUAUUCCAGAAUUACAGUCAAUUAAUCUUAAUUACACACCUGUUCUGACAUCUGCUUUAGAUGAUAUUGGGCAGAUGGCUUUCAGAGGCAUUGAAAGUUUAAAUCGGAUACAGAGCAUAGUGUUUAAUGCAGCAUAUAAUACCAAUGAGAAUUUAUUAAUUUGUGCACCAACAGGAGCUGGAAAAACUAAUGUUGCUAUGUUGACUGUUGUACAUCAGCUGAAACAACAUAUUGAACAAGGUCAAAUAAUGAAAAAUCUGUUCAAGAUCAUUUAUGUGACACCUAUGAAAGCUUUGGCAGCAGAAAUGACUGCAAAUUUUGGCAAAAGACUUGAAUGCCUCGGUAUAUCGGUUCGAGAACUGACCGGAGAUAUGCAGCUAACGAAAUCAGAGAUUCAACAAACACAGAUGAUUGUCACUACUCCAGAAAAAUGGGAUGUUUUGACAAGAAAGGGUACCGGAGAUGUUUCUCUCACGAGUAUAGUGAAAUUGUUAAUUAUCGAUGAGGUACAUUUAUUACACGGUGACAGAGGACCAGUAGUUGAAGCGUUAGUUGCUCGGACAUUGCGACAAGUGGAGUCUUCUCAAAGUAUGAUCAGAAUUGUUGGACUCUCGGCAACUUUACCAAAUUAUUUGGACGUAGCAAGAUUUUUACGGGUCAGCCCAGACGUUGGACUCUUUUAUUUCGAUCAUCGAUUCCGUCCAGUGCCAUUAAGUCAGACAUUUAUCGGUGUGAAAGCAACCGCACCUUUACAACAGAUGAAUGACAUGGAUCGUGCGUGUUACGAUAAAGUUGUAGACAUGGUACGUAAAGGACAUCAAGUUAUGGUCUUUGUACAUGCACGUAAUGCUACAGUCAGGGUGGCAAAUGCUCUGAAAGAGUUGGCUAUGCGAAAUGAUACGUUACAGUUGUUCAUACCCGGGAAUCAUGCGAAAUUUAUGAACAAAGCUUUCAGCAAAUCAUCUAACAAGCAUUUAAUAGAAUUAUUUAAUAACGGAUUAUCGGUACACCAUGCUGGUCUACUACGUUCAGAGCGAAAUCUGAUUGAAAAAUAUUUCUCUGAAGGAUUAAUCAAGGUGUUAGUGUGCACAUCAACGUUAGCUUGGGGUGUAAAUUUACCUGCGCAUGCAGUUAUUAUAAGGGGAACGGAAAUAUAUGAUUCAAAACGUGGUUCCUUUAUUGAUUUAGAUAUAUUAGACGUCUUGCAAAUUUUCGGACGCGCCGGCCGACCUCAAUUCGACGUUGAAGGACACGCUACCAUCAUUACUGCUCAUAAUAAAUUAUAUCAUUAUCUAUCAUUAUUAACGAAUCAAAUACCUAUCGAAAGCAAUUUCAUUAAAUAUCUAGCGGAUAAUUUGAACGCUGAAAUUGCGCUAGGUACAAUAUCUAAUGUGGAAGAGGCUAUAAAAUGGCUGAGUUACACUUAUUUAUUUGUUAGAAUGAAAUUGAACCAUCACGUUUAUGGAAUUCCUCAUCAAGUUAUCGCCGACGAUCCAAAUUUGGAGCGCAAGAGGAAGGAAUUGAUCGAUAUAGCAGCGAAAUCAUUGGAUAAAGCUAAAAUGAUUCGGUACAACGUAAGUACCGGAGAUCUUAACACAACAGAUCUAGGACGUAUCGCGAGUCACUUUUACCUGAAAUAUGAUACAGUUGAAAUUUUCAAUGAAUUGAUCAAACCGAUUAUGACCGAAGCAGAAAUACUCGCAAUGAUAUCAAAGUCACAGGAAUUCGAGCAACUGAAAGUGCGAGAUGAUGAAAUCGACGAAUUACAGGAAAUGUCUGAGAACUAUUGUGAAGUCGUAGCACAAGGCGGCGCGGAAAAUAUUUAUGGUAAAGUGAAUAUUCUAUUACAAACAUAUUUAUCGCGCGGUCGGAUCAACUCGUUCUCAUUGAUAUCAGAUCAAGCGUACAUCACGCAAAACGCAGUGCGUAUAUGUAGAGCGUUGUUCAAAAUUAUGCUACGACAAAAUAAUGCAUUAAUGUCUGGCCGCUUACUGGAAAUGGCGAAAAUGCUGGAACUGCAACAGUGGAGUUAUAUGAACCCUUUAUGUCAAUUUUCUUGUUUACCUUUGGACAUUAUCGAUAAACUAGAACAACAUAACUUGACCAUUGAUAAAUUGAACGAUAUGAAUGUUAAAGAGAUUGGAGAUAUGAUACGUAAUCCAAAAAUGGCAGUGCUAGUGAAGAAAUGUUGCGAAGAACUACCUACGCUGGAAAUGGAGGCCACUUUACAGCCUAUUACCCGCAGAGUUUUAAGAAUACGACUGAAAAUAUAUCCUCAGUUUCGAUGGAACGACAGGGUACAUGGGAAAACCUCGGAACCGUUUUGGAUAUGGAUCGAAGAUCCGGACAAUAAUUUUCUUUACCAUCAUGAGUACUUUAUCUUGACGAAAAAGAUGGUAUGCAGUAACCUUGAACAGGAACUUGUAAUGAUUAUCCCAUUGCAUGAACCAUUGCCCUCGCAGUACAUAGUGAAAGCGACGAGCGAUCGCUGGUUAAAUUGCGAGAGUAUGCUACCCCUUACGUUCCAUGAAUUAAUAUUACCAGACAUAUAUCCUCCGCAUACAGAUUUACUGGAAUUGCAGCCCUUACCGGUGAAAGCAUUAAAAGAACCGGCGUUCGAAAGACUUUAUAAAUUCACUCACUUCAAUCCGAUACAAACACAGAUUUUUCAUUGUUUGUAUCACACUGACAACAACGUCUUACUGGGUGCUCCGACUGGAUCUGGAAAAACAAUUGUUGCUGAAAUAGCUAUGUUCCGAAUAUUCAAACAAUAUCCUACACAAAAGGUUGUAUACAUUGCACCCCUGAAGGCUUUAGUCAGAGAACGAAUAAAGGAUUGGAAAAUUCGAUUCGAAGAACAACUUGGAAAGAAAGUAGUGGAAUUAACUGGGGACGUGUCACCGGACAUUAAAGUGAUAGCUAGUGCAAAUAUCAUUGUGACUACUCCAGAAAAAUGGGACGGUAUCAGCAGAAGUUGGCAAACAAGAACUUACGUCAAGAAUGUUGCUCUUAUAAUUAUAGAUGAGAUCCAUCUUUUAGGGGAAGAUCGUGGUCCUGUAUUGGAGGUUAUCGUUUCAAGGACUAACUUUAUUUCUUCCCACACUUUGAAGAAACUAAGAAUCGUUGGAUUGUCCACAGCAUUGGCCAACGCUGUGGAUUUAGCUAAUUGGCUGGGCAUUCGAGAAAUGGGCUUAUAUAAUUUCCGUCCCUCUGUACGACCAGUACCAUUGGAAAUCCAUAUAAACGGAUUCCCUGGGAAACAUUACUGUCCACGUAUGGCAACAAUGAAUAAACCAACAUUCCAAGCGAUCAGACAACAUUCACCGUCCAGUCCAGCUCUUGUAUUCGUUUCGUCGCGUAGGCAAACGCGAUUAACUGCAUUAAAUUUGAUUGCUUACCUCGCAGCAGAGGAUAAUGCGAAACAGUGGCUGCAUAUGCCUGACGAAGAGAUGAACAGUAUAUUGGAUCAUGUACGAGACUCGAAUUUGAAGCUUACCCUUGCUUUUGGGAUUGGACUUCAUCAUGCCGGUCUUCAAGAUAAGGAUAGAAGAAUCGUAGAAGAAUUGUUUGUUAAUAAUAGGAUACAGGUGUUAAUUACGACAGCCACCUUAGCUUGGGGUGUAAAUUUUCCUGCUCACUUGGUGGUGAUAAAGGGAACAGAAUAUUACGAUGGUAAAGUGAAACGUUACGUGGACAUGCCAAUUACGGAUGUGCUUCAGAUGAUGGGUCGAGCGGGUCGACCUCAAUUCGAUGAUUCCGGAGUGGCAGUUGUCUUGGUACACGAUUUGAAGAAGAACUUUUAUAAAAACUUCCUGCACGAGCCGUUCCCGGUUGAAUCGAGCUUACUGGCAGUGUUACCGGAUCAUAUAAACGCGGAGAUCGUGGCUGGCACAAUUAAAAAUAAACAAGAAUUUUUGGAUUACUUAACGUGGACCUAUUUCUUCAGAAGACUAAUGAAAAAUCCGGUGUAUUAUGAUUUGAACGCUUUGGAACCUCAUAUGAUCAACGAGUACUUAUCCUCUAUGGUUGAUAAUACACUGAAAGUGUUGAUGGAUUCGCAUUGCAUUGACUUCGAUGAGAAUGGACAAAUUAUAUUCCCACUUUCGAUGGGUAAAAUAGCAUCAUUUUAUUACUUAUCGCAUCACACUAUGCUGAUGUUUGAACAAUCAUUAAAGGAUGCUCUGACAAUGGAUGAGUGUUUACAUAUUUUAUCUAAUUCUUAUGAAUACAAUGAAUUGCCUGUAAGACACAACGAAGAAUUAUUGAAUGAAGAACUAUGCAAAAUGUGCCGAUAUACAGUGGAUAACUACUCGUAUGAUUCUCCAAAUACUAAAGCAUUCAUAUUACUUCAAGCGCAUUUCUCAAGACUUACGCUACCAUGUGCAGAUUAUCUCACAGAUUUAAAAUUAGUUCUUGAUCAAGCGAUUCGAAUUAUUCAGGCUAUGAUAGAUACUGUUGCAGAACAUGGAUGGCUGGUAUCCACGCUCGUGAUAAUACAGUUACUACAAAUGAUUAUUCAAGCUCGAUGGAUAGAUGAAUCUGCGAUACUUACAUUGCCUCAUAUAAAUUCCGAACAUUUACAGUUAUUCUCAUCUUUGCCGAAAAUUCUUCCUGUGUUAUGCAACACUGUAUAUGAUAAAUAUAAUUUGCUUCUACAAGCGCUCGGCGAAGAAUUCCAAGAAAAUGAAAUAUACGAGAUACAUCAAGUGAUAAGAGAAAUGCCGAUACUUUGUGUCAACUUGAGUUUGGAGGGUUACUGGCCUGAUGGCGCUAAACAGAAACCUGUAGCACUGAGAACAGCAAAUCUUAUUUAUAUUGAUGUACACAAAGAUCAGGAUUAUAUACUGAACAUUCGAAUGAGACGAAAAAAUAAAUCUAAUAAUUUAAGAGCGCAUUGUCCUAUGUACCAAAAAGGAAAGGACGAAGGCUGGUUUUUGGUGUUAGGUAGUAUUCAAGACAAAGAGUUAUGGGCACUGAAACGAGUCAGUGGAAUAAACGAUCAAUGGAAAUAUCAUCAGUUACAAUUUACAGCGCCAUCAAAAUUAGGUCAUGCAACGUUGACAUUCUAUUUGAUGUCUGACUCUUAUAUAGGACUGGAUCAACAAUACGAUGUACAUAUAAAUGUAGUACAUUAAUGUUAAAGUAAGCGAGUAUAUGUAUGCUCCAAAGACUAAACGGUAGUGUAAGUAUGUACAGUUAAAUUUGUUAUUUUAACUAAGAUUAAAAUUGUUAAACACAAAAACUCGUGAGAUUCAUUUGACAUCCAAAGAUAUUGCGAUUGAAACGACAAUAAUUUUAAAUAUAUUUUGUCAACAUUUAUUUUUCUAAAUGUGCAUACAAACUUACGUAUAUUUUCCUUAUAUAGUACACGAUUAUGAAACAACAUAAGGAUUUAAAUUAUUCUACUUAUUUUAUACAAAUGGAACUAAGAUACAGAAAGUAACAUCUCGAGAGGAUCAGUUUUACAAUUUUUUUCACAGUGUACAAAUAAAAUGUCGCAGUAAAAAGGUUAAAAAGAAUGAUUAGUUUAUUAUAAAACAAGUUUAAUAGAAAAACGUACAAGAUUUGCUAUUAGAAUUUUAUGCGGUAACAUAAACAUCGAUAACUCAUAAGAAAUAAAGAUAUAAGUGAUAUAUCUUAAAAUAUCUUACACUCUGAUCCUUCUUUACGCUCAUAGCAUAACAUUUUGUGGCAGUACAUUUAUAUUAUUCUUUUCUUUAACACGUUCGCUCCUAUCGUAAGGUUAUAAAAUCAAUCGUGGCAUCAUGAAUAUGACGUUUAUAGCAGCGAACGUGUUAACAUCCUAUUCUAACGAAAAACAACAAGAAAUUGUAGGGCAGGAAGGAUUUGAGAUCAUUUCAUUGCUUUGUUUCAAAGAGAACAUACUUAAGUUGCAAUCUGCAUAUUCGUAAUAACUGUUCUGUUUGAUAAUCAAUGCAGACUGUUCAAGCUAAAGAUGUAGAAGAGAUAUAUUUCAAACUUAGCUCUUUAGUUUUUUAACUAUAUCCCUGAGACACAUAAUGCAUAUAAAAACACAAGAAUAUAUAUAAAAAUAAAGGACAUCUUUUAUUUAUUUUCCUCUUUAAUAUUCGUUAAUCCAUGAAACAUAAAUAUAUUGCAAAUGUUGCUAAACCAACAUUUUUUCUCAGAUUUUAUAAAAUAAAUAAUUUCACGCUAGUAGUACGUUUUCACAACACAAGGAAUUCGUGUAAUAAACACUAUUGUAUAGACCUACGUUACGUUCAGACUAUAAUCUAUAAAUACACGUUACGGUGCUCUAGAAAAGAAAAUACUACCUUUUAAAUUAUUCUUCCAGCUAAUAGUUUUAACAGUUCGAAUUUAUAAUAUAUAUUUUUCUCGUUAAAAUUGUCAAAAGAAAUAUAUUAACACCAUUAAGUAUUAAUUUGUUAGUGAUCUCUCCUUCAUCGAUAGAUUGAACUCUGUACUUCUUUUGUACUUUCAUGACACACUUUAUAUUACUCUUAUUUGCACAAUUAUAUAGGUAGUAAUAAUCAAAGCAAAGAAAUACUUAAGCUCCUUCCAUAAUUAUAAUCUGGAAGUACUGAUUAUUCCUUGUAAGUAAUACACCGAAAUGCGUUCACAUAAAACACUUUGUAAUAAUAUAUUUCUAUUCAUGACAUUUAUUGCAAAAACGAAUGUAUCCUUUCAUUAAAAGCUAAGGAAAUUUAAUACGAGAAAUUUUUACUCGAUUUCAUUUUUAUCAUUUUCCAUGCGUAUAAAAGAAAAAAGGAAAUGCUUAAAAAAAACUGUCGAUUAAUGCAUUUGAUGCUCGAUAGAUUAUUACUGUCGUUUUUUUUAGUACUUUCUUUUCCCGUGUAAAUUUCUUGACUGGUAAUAAUAAUCUUGAAGGUGUAAAUCUUAUCACUCGAGAACUAAGGAAGCACUGGCAUAACUAACAGAACUGUCAUUCAUGUUAUUGCAUUGAUUGCUUUGAGUAUACUUUAAAAACUUCAGGUUCAUUCUUUGGCCAUUGGUAUUCCCUUUUAAACUGUGAAUCGCCUGUUAAUAUAGCAGUUACAAAUUUAUUAAAAAUGUUUAUUAAGUUAAAUAAAAUAUAUCGGGAAUAUAACUGGACUCCAUUUAUGGAUUUGAAUGAAUAAAAAUAAUUACCUGCAAUAAAACGCUGAUAGGAUGACGACCACAUAUAGUGUUACCGUAUUUUUUAAGGUAAUCGGUAAAUACUGUAGGAUUUAAAUUUUCUAUAAUAUCCAUACCCUACAAUACAAAGUAAUGGAAAUAUAAUACAGAAAUCUACAAAUAAUCAUUUUAUACCUAGACAACACGAACAAUAUUAUAUACCAUUUUAUCGAGAUUUUGAAUAGAUCUAUGAAUAGGACCACAUGAUCUAUUGUAGUAUGUAUAACGGAAACGCUGUCCCCAGUGACAGAAAUCCGAAGAAAUAACAAAUAACGUUUGUGGGUCAGCCAUGUAUGGCGCUAAUAAUCUUCCAUAAAGUGCCUCUCUUUCUGGACUUAAUGAUCCGACGAGUAUAGGAAUUAUAGUGAAAGAAUCUUUAAACCUAUAUUUACAGAAAAUGAUAGAUUAAUUUUACAUUACACGAAUAAAGGGAUUAUAAAUAUAAUUACCGUACCCUUCCAUGACUUUUGCUAUGAACGGUAAUUGCAUUUCAAUGCUGUGUUCCUCCUCAUCCGUAUUUAAAUCCAUCCAUUCAAAAUGUCUAGUUUCCUCAAGUUCUCUGCAUACUAUCAUAUGAACAGAAACCUAUAUUUGAACUAAUCUUUGAUAGUAAUUCAUAUUUGCAUAUUGUCUUUUAACAUUAUAAUUUUUAUGCAUUAAGAUUUCAUAGAAAAUCUACUUUAGUAUUCUGUAACAUGCAAUUUGUACCUUGUUGAUCAAUAUGUAGAUCAUACAAUGGUGUUUGAUAAAUCGAAGCAGAAGAAAGAGCACAGCCUGUUAAUCUCACAUGAUGUGAUGGACCCAGAAUAAAUAUCCUACGACUAUAUAAUGAUAAAUUACAUAUACAAUACAUUAUUUUAAAUUUAUAUAAUAUAUUGUUACAAACGCAUAUUAAUUUAAUAGUGCAUUGUUGCUUA